AUGACCACCACUAGUGCCGCCACGCAUGAGUCUCGGUCAAGACAACCACCUGAAACCGAGUCAACGGAAUUGGCCACAGCUAACCACAAGAGGAAGUCAUCUGACACAUUAUCAAAAGAUAGUGCUACGCCACGUCGAAAAAUCACUCGAGCCUGCGACUCAUGCAAAAGAAAGAAAACACGAUGUACCGGUACCCUGCCGUGCACAAGGUGCACACGACUAUCGCUGCCAUGCAGAUACAACGCCGCAUAUUCUCGGGGACUACCACCAGACCCUCUGCCAGCCAAGCCGAGCCGUCUCUAUGUCCCGAAUGAGCAGCGUGCGUGUGAGGCUGUAGCUAAGUGCCUCUCAACUAUUCAGGGCAAUGUUCCAGACUCGGCUAUGAACAACAAGGCCCUACCUGUAAAUCAAUACCAGCACGUGGCGUCACCGCGAAACUCGCCAGAGCCAGGGUCGACGGACUUUGAAGGCAAUUACCUGGGUCCUGCGUCGGGGGUGUCGUUUAUCAAUCGUGUUUGGAGCCGUCUGCAUCAGGAUGAAACCACGCAUUAUCCGGAUGAGCUUCAAAAUGAGUCUUCGCGCAAUACGGCAGUAUUCAUGUUUGGUGAUAAGCCUUACGCCAACUUCCAGGAAGCGGGAUUUACCCUGCCGUCGCUGGAAAAGGCCUUGGAGCUAGUGGGGAUUUACUUCGAUUACUCCAUGGUGACUUAUCGGUUCGUGCAUAGGGGCAAGGCGGAAGAGUGGACUAGGCAGGUUUACCAAAAUAACAUCAGCCUGUCGAAUCUUCCGGUGGGGAACAUGGUUGCUCGUACUGCUAUCGUUCUGAUGAUCAUUGCUGUGAGCACAUUGUACGUGGAAAUGACGCCGGGAGAAAUGCCUGCGGGUCGGGAUGAAAGAUUGGAAAGUGAACGUUGGUAUGCAGCCUCGAAAUACAUGUCCUCCCUGGAGUCAGGGCCGCCGCGAUUGGAAACAAUUCAAGCCCGGCUAGGGCAAUGCCUGUAUCUGCUGUCAUCGUCCCGAGCCAACGAAUGCUGGUAUUCAUUUGGCACGACAGUGCAGAUUGUGACCGCACUCGGAUUACACAGGAAGCUACCUGCAAAGAUGGCAAAUAAAGGGCGUUCGUAUCUGGAUUUGGAACUCCGAAAGCGCAUCUUCUGGAGUGUAUACACCUUGGACAAAUAUCUAAGCAUGAUGUUUGGAAGACCGCGAUUGCUUCACGACGAGGAUAUUGAUCAAGAUUUACCGGAUGAGAUGACUGAUGAAGAUCUACUGGAAGAGGAUCCGAUGCGACGAACAGGCUCCACGGAUAGCAUGAUGAUUGCCUCAGUUCUUCAUUACCGACUCGGCCGUAUCUUGGGCGAUAUAUCCCGCCAACUAUACAGCAUAAAUUCCCUUUCUCGAGACUCUCCUCUAGAAACCGCAAUCCGCCUAAUUUCCGAACUCGAAAAAUGGAAAGAAAGCGUCCCCCCCUUAUUCAACAGUGUUCACCCAUCCAGCCUCAUCCCACCUCUGUGUCGCCAAAGCCAAGUCCUCCAAGUUGCCUACUCGCACGCCAUGAUCCACGUCACCCGCUCAUUCCUCCUAAACGAUUUCACAGACCUCAGCCGCGGACCCAAAGUCCCGCACCCGAUGGUCAGCUCCUACGUGCAGAAAUGCAUCCAAGCCGCGGAGGAUAUCAUGACGAUAGUCGACAGCCUCGCGCAGCAAAGUAUCCUAAUCCAGUCUUUCUGGUUCACGCACUAUGUAUGCUUCUGUGCUAUCUUGGUAGUCUAUAUACACACCAUCCAGCAGCAUCGCAAAUCAUUAGGAUCCAGCCCCGCCUCUGUCUCAUCGGCUGGUAGUCCCGGUGACUCGGGUAAAUUGCGGCAGCUUUUCGCCCUCGCUGAGUCUUGUCAGCAGCAUCUCGCCGAAGCCACGCGCAAAAACUGCCCUAGUCGUCGCUAUGGGAUUAUUCUCGAGGAACUGAGACAGGAAGUUCAUCGCCAAAUCGGGUCGAAUGGUCUCUCUGUCGAGAAGAAGGUUCAUUCUUCGAGUGAAAAUGAUCCUUUCUAUGUCUCCGGAGAGGUUAUGCAGAAUACGGGCGAUAGGCCGGUUCUUUUUGAUGCUCAGAUCGAGUUACCCUCUAUGCCGGGCAUGCAACCGGCCGAGUUGGGGAUAAAUACGGGGGAUGAUGUUGGGUUUCUUGAGAGCCUUGAGGGUUCCAUAUGGUGGGCUCAGCUUGAUUCGUGGGCCUUGUCUAAUUUCCCGACUGAUCCUUCUACAUUUAAUUUUUGA